GGCCGCUUUCGCAUUUUGCGUCAUUAAGUGUCGCACCAGAACGAGCUGCCAUAUUUGCUGCUGCAUGUCCGCUUCGUUUAGGAAAAUGAUACUGGUUAUAAUGGGAGUUUCCGGGACUGGGAAGUCUUCAGUGGGGAAAUACAUCUCAGAUAAGCUUGGAUGGACUUUAUAUGAAGGAGAUGAAUAUCACCCCAAAGAAAACAUAGAAAAAAUGUCCCGCGGUGAACCUCUUACCGACCAGGACAGGACUCCGUGGUUGCUACAUCUGCAUGACAUAAUCCAAAGAGAACUUUCAUCUGGAGCAAAUAGCAUUGUAAUUUGCUCCGCUCUGAAGAAAAGCUACAGACAGAUGCUCUUAUUUGGAUCCGCUCCCCAGCCUCAAGCGUGUCAGCAUGAGACGGUGGACAGUGUCUGCUUCGCCUUCCUCCACGGUGACUUUCAGCUCAUACACCGGCGGCUGUUGGCACGGAGGGACCAUUUCAUGUCCGCUGAUCUGCUGAGGUCUCAGUUUGAUGCACUGGAGCCCCCCACCGACCCAGAGAAUGCUUUUGCUGUGGACAUUAAAAAAAGUAUUCCCGAAGUCUCCUCUCAGAUUGAGAGGAUCGUUUCAGCUCGUCUGCAAACAUAGAGAGGUUCAAGAAGCACGGCCUGCCUGGAAUUAAGGGAUGUUUUUUGGCUGGUGAUUGCAAAGAAAAGCAAUGUUUUUGAAUGUGUCAAUAAUGUGCUCCUGUUUCAAUGAGAAUGGUGCUACCAACCCCAAUCAGAAACAAGCUACAGUGAUGUCAUACUUAACAGGGUUCCUAUAAUUAUUUUUUUUAAAUCUGACAGCGAUAAGGAAUGUAUCAUGAAGGUAUAACAGCAGUACAUGCCAUACAUUUUUAAUUGCCCUUUCAUUGAAAUCACCGUUUGGUUAACUGUAAGGCAGCAGUGCUGACUCUGCGCUAAAGUUGUCUUAUCUUACCAUGUAUCCUGACUGACCGUGUGGAAUCACCUGUGACACAGAUGAUCGUACUCAUGCAUUAACUACUGAUGAGUCCCCGUCAACCUUGGAAUAACCACUUAGUUUUCCAUUAGCGGUACAAAGAGGACAAAUAUGCAGAACUAGAGUUUACAUUUUGAAAAGUGGGUUGAAGGUUUGGGUUCAUGUAAAACAAGGUCGUGGGUCUGUUUCCAAAAUUCUGAGAGUCAGACGGAGAAAUGUGUUGAAACACAAAACCAGUUAGUCUUCUUGUAAUGCCUAAAAAUGAAUUUAUUUUGUAUCGAUUCCUAGAGUUAUCUUAUACCAACACAAUGAUACUACAUAUUUGAUCUAAUGAUUAAAUAAAUCGAUAUAUAAUAUGCAA